CGACCACGAUAAUAGUGUAAAAUUGAGUUGCAGCGUAUCAUGGUAGAGAUGCACACUAAAACGGGAAGCUGCCUUCAAGUGUGGUCAGUACCAUAUUUGAAGCACGCGCUCCCCACUUCCUGCCAAACGCACCAUCAACUCUACCUUCCAUCCUCCCCAUUGCUUUCACUUGGGUCAUAGGUCGCUCCUCAUCCUCAACCACACUUUCACUUGUCCAAGCCAUGGCUGCUGCCGCGCCCAAAGAAGAACCACAGGCGACGACUGCCUCAUCACCACCGUCACUCUCUAGCGUGGAGGCCGGUGCUGAGGCGGAAAAGUCUGUCGUCCAAGAUGCAACCGUCGACCUCGAUCGUGUUGGCGAGACCGAGGGGUACGUUCUCGACGAAGCUCAACUUCGCGCCCAACUCGGACUUGCUCCCGAUGUUGCGCUGAAGAAAUCCAAUAAAGGAGUUGUCUUGAUUCCUCAGCCCACGGCAGAUCCUGAGGAUCCCUUGAACUGGUCUCGGUUGAAGAAGACCCUGAUUCUCGUCGUCAUUGCAAUCAAUGCUUGUACUGCCGACUAUUCAGCUGCCACAGGCGCAAGUGCCCUGAUCCCACAAGCUGAGCAGUGGCACAUUUCUCCCAACACGGUUAACCAUGCGACUGCCGGCAACACUUUCAUGCUCGGUGUGGGUGGCUUGGCGGCCGUCUGGUUGUCUGCCUAUUUUGGCCGACUCCCUGUGCUCUUUUGGUUCGGAUGCUUGUCAGCCGGGAUGGCCGCUUGGUCUGCUGCUGCCAAAAGCUUCGACUCUUAUAUGACGGCUCGCAUCUUGCAAGGCACCUUCGCCGUGGCUGGAGCUGCCGGUGGCCUGAUGUGGAUCAAGGAUGUUUUCUUCUUCCAUCAACAUGCCAAGAAGAUCAACAUCUGGUCGACAGCUAUCAUCUUGUCGCCGUUCCUGGGACCUCAAUUCAUGGCUGCAAUUCUCAGUGUCAAUACGUGGCGCGUGGGCAUGUGGCUCAACUUCGGUCUCAUUGCGCUGGGCGUCCUCGUCACCGCCACGCUGGGAGAUGAAACGUUCUAUCCACGCCACCUCAUGCCCGACCGCAUCCCUCAGCGCAAAUCGAGGCUUCUUCGUGUCAUCGGUGUUGAGCAGUACCGGACCAAGUACACCACAAACACAUUUUGGGAGGCUGGCAGUCGAUUGGCUUACACCGCCACGAGAUUGCCAGUUAUUUUGGUUUGCUUGUUCUACUUCUUUGACUUUCCGUGGACGAUCGGAAACAACACCACCAUCUCGGUCUUGAUCAUCCCCGCUUACAACUUCUCCUACCGCAACUUGGCAGCCAUUUAUACGGCACCAGUCGUGGGAGCUGUGCUUGGUCUAUUCAUCGGACAUUUCCUGUUCGACUUCAUCGGCAAGCUCUAUGCCAAGCGCCAUGGAGGUCGUAUCGAGCCCGAGAGCAGACUGAUCGUCCUGUGGUUAAUCUUGCCGAUCAAGCUUAUCGGCUAUAACCUCAUUGGUACUACCCUUCAUCAUGCUCAUACCUGGUCAUAUUGGGUCUUAGCUGUGGGUUGGUGUAUGCACAACGCUGCAACCAUUAUUACUACCACAGCUGUCGGCGCUUACCUGCUUGAUGCCUACCCUGAAGCCGGGGGAGAGUGCGCUGCGUGGCUCAACUUCGUCCGCACCCUUGGUGGAUUCAUUGUGGGAUAUAUCCAGAUCAACUGGGCGACAAAAUCGGGCACUCAAACUGAGUACGGAAUCCAGAGUGCCAUCAUGGGUGCGGCCUUUUUCAUCGUUGUGCUUCUGCAGUUCUUUGGAGCUCGCUUAAGACAUGCUCAAGGUCGACUAAAUUUCAAGACGAACUGAAAGACAAAGGAGAGUUGCGUAGAUAGGAUUGAGUGCAAGCAUUCAGUAUCGUAGUGGGCGCAGGUAUAAUCUUGAAUAGUACUCGUAGCAAAUACGUAGUCUUGAAGCAGCAAUAUCAACAGGUGCGGAAUUCUGGACGCGGGAGUGGAAUUCGACGUCAUUGCACCUCAGCUCG